ACUAAAGCCACGGCACCCAACCCAAAGAUUCCAAUCUUUCCUAAAGGAUUAUUCUGUCGUCCGAGUCUUUAUCUCCACCCUCUCUUUCUUGGGUUAUUUCUCUGUAACCCACGCCACAAGAACCACAUUUUAUUCUUUCACUUUCAUCGCAAAAAUCCCACCCAUCACCAUGUCUCUUCUCAUCCAUUGCUCGGAACCGUUCUUGGUCCGGAAAAUAGUGCACUACCUUAACCCUAGACCCAGUAAGCUCUACAACUUCAAACCGCUCACAAAGGGCAAGACAAUUGGGUUAAAAGUGAGUUGCAAAGUUAACGAUUAUGGGUGUUUGAGUUUGGAUCAGAAUUUUAGUUCGUACAGCUAUUUUUCGGCUCCAGUGAAGAGAGGAAGCAAAGAGGAAGAAGAAAAAGAAAAGCAAGAAUAUUACGUGAAUUUGGGGCAUGCUCUUCGGGCUCUCAGGGAGGACUUCCCUGCCCUCUUCCACAGAGAACUAUCCUUCGACAUCUAUAGGGAUGAUAUUGUACUCAAAGAUCCUUUGAACACGUUCGUUGGCAUCGAGAGUUACAAAUCAAUCUUCUGGGCUCUACGAUUUCAUGGCAGGAUGUUUUUCAAGGCUUUGUGGAUUGACUUAUCCAGCGUGUGGCAGCCUGCUGAGAAUGUCAUUAUGGUUCGGUGGACUGUUCAUGGAAUCUCACGAGGUCCAUGGGAGAAUCGUGGGAGGUUCGAUGGAACCUCGGAGUAUAAACUUGACAAGAAUGGCAAGAUUUUCCAACACCGUGUUGACAAUGUUGCUCCCAAUACACGUCCUAAAUUUAAAGUGCUGCGUGUGGAAGACUUGCUUCAGUCUAUAUGCUGCCCCUCUACUCCAAGACCAACUUAUUUUGAAACAUCGUCGUCUACAAAGAGAACUUGAUGUCUUGUUGCUCAAGUUCUCUUCAAAAAGUUUUGCAGUAAAUAAUGAAUGGCAGGGUAAACUUUGAAUUUCUCCAAAUUGGCCAUGCGGUGCUGAAAUCUACUGGUAUGGACCAAUAGGGCUUUAAUUGGGUGUUGUAAUGGGUUGAGUUUGAAACUCGAGUAUUCUGUAUAUAAGUUGUAUAUACAAUAAUAAUACGAUUGCAGGUUCAUAUA